AUGAAGUUCACAGUAAUCACAGUGUUUGUGUUAACGUUAAUAGCUUCGGAGAACAAUGGAGACAUUACUACCCGUCAUACUAACGUUAAAUGUGAAGCAUUUGACAAAUUAUAUUUAGAGGUGGUUACAUGCCGUCUGAAAGUCUUGGGACGUGGCAUCAUCGCCGAGAAUAUACACUUUAAAAUCUUAAAACUUCCUAUUCGCAAUAUUACGAUCAAUUUUAGCGUAUAUAAGAAAUUGUCGGGAUACCAUCCGUUUCUAUUCAAUGUUACCUUCGACUUUUGCCACUUUUUAAGGCAUCCGAACCCGUUGAGUGUUUUCCACUUAUUUUACAAGGCUCUGAUGCCAUACACUAAUUUAAACCACACUUGUCCUAUCAACGUAAGUUCUCACGACUUUAUCUUAAAGGACUUUGUUCUGGCCGAUGAAAUGUACGCCAAAAUUCCCUUUCCGAAGGGCAGCUACAUGUUUAGUAUUAGAAUGGCCACCGAGGGUGUGUGGAGGGGCGUUGUUAAUACAUAUUUUGACAUUAAUGUGGACAAUAAUCCAAAUAUACGGUUUUAGAUUAUUUGAACUUAAACUGUACUUGUGAAAUUAAAUAAAAUCAAAAUCGAAAAGGAAAAAUCAUUAAAUAAAAGACUAAAUGUAUGUUUGAUUUCUUCUGCAGCUAAAUCGACAUAGGGCAAGCAAUGAAAAUGGAAUAAGUUGAUAGAACAAAUACCAUACAAAAACUUUGAA